AUGUAUCUGACUGUUUGUUUUAUUUUCCUUCUGCGUUCUGUGAUAGUCCAUGGCCAAUCGAACGACUGCAGAGAUAUUUGCUCGAAAUGCAUCCAAAGACUUAAUGAUCCCUAUAACAAGGCGGACUUCAUAAAUAAAGAAUGCAGAAGAAAGGUUCGCGGCAGCUAUGUAUGGAAGGACCAGAAUCUUUGCGAACUUCAAGCGAUAGCUUGUUCGGUUCCGAAACGAGCAAUGCUUUGUGUUGUCAUCGCCGAAGUUGCCAAAAUGCCCAAAGUUACUCCAAGACCUCCAGGAUAAUAAAUGUAGCAUAUGGCCGAAGCA